UGCCGCAUGCUCACACACACACACACACACACAGUCGUACACACAACACAUCUCAGACCCGGCCCCUGCUGGCCAGCUCCGAGGGCCAGAGAGAGGCAGAGUGCUGAAGGCGGCUGCGGGAGGCGGUGGCUGGACCUCGGCUGCCCCGGAGAGACGGAGCCCGUGGCUGGUGCGGCUGCCGAGCAGGGCCAGGCCGGGCCCUGCCCGCAAGGACGCCCAAGUUCUUCACCGGCCCCUGUGCCCGGGAGCCCAACAGGCUCUCUCGCGGGACCCGCCAUGACUUCAGAGCCCACGUCGCCCCCGGUAGUGCCCCCACUCCACUCCCCCAAGUCUCCUGUCUGGCCCACCUUCCCCUUCCACCGGGAGGGCAGCAGGGUCUGGGAGCGGGGCGGCGUCUCGUCCCGGGACCUGCCCAGUCCUCUGCCCACCAAACGGACCAGGACGUAUUCAGCGACAGCCCGGGCCUCGGCUGGCCCCGUGUUCAAAGGCGUCUGUAAGCAGUUCUCACGCUCACAAGGCCACGGCUUCAUCACCCCCGAGAAUGGAUCCGAGGACAUCUUUGUGCAUGUAUCUGACAUCGAGGGGGAGUACGUGCCCGUGGAAGGCGACGAGGUGACCUACAAGAUGUGCCCCAUCCCACCCAAGAACCAGAAGUUCCAGGCCGUGGAGGUGGUGCUCACCCAGUUGGCCCCACAUACUCCCCACGAGACGUGGUCUGGCCAGGUCGUGGGCUCCUAGGCUGGGGGGCUCACGUGUCAGCCGCCGGGCGGGUGGGGAGCCACACAGGGUAGAUGGGCAGCUGGGGGCUCCAGGCCCCGCUGCACUGGCUGGCCCGGUCCCCUGGGCGGCCUCAGCAUACACGUCUGUCUGUCUGUGCUUGUGGCCGUGAGCACGUGCCUCCAUCCGCCCCCCGUGACCCGUGACUGUUGCGUGAGCUGGACCAAAGGGGAGGCCCCCAGCCCCGCCUCUGUUUGUCCGCUGUCUCCUUCCCCUCCCUGCCACAUCCGCACAGGACCCUCUCGCCCUCCUGUCCACCGAGCCCGAGGGCCUGCGUCAGGCCUGGUCCCAGGAGGCAGGGGGCACCGGUGGGCCCCUGUCCAUACAAGCGUGUUGCCCUUGCCUCUGCUCCAGGCCUGGCCCAGGGACCAGACUCUGCUUGUGCUCCUUAGACCUCCCACCCUGGGCUGGGGCCUCCCACGGUGGCCUGUAGCCCUUCCCUCAGAAGCCUGGCCAGCGAGAGCUCUGGGGGCGCCUCCCAGCCUCCGGCAGGGGAGGAGGGUAACCCUUGGAGUCAGAACCCUCCUCACUGCCACGGGCCCAGCCUCCCUUCCUUCCACCUGCUCCCUCCUCUCAGCAUCCCGGAGAGGCAGGCAAGCAGGAGCUGAGGGCAGAAGGUGGUUUGGGGGUCUCAGUUUUGCCGGCCAUGGUCCCUCUGCCUCAGCCUGGCAAUGGCUCUGUGAGCUCAAGGCUGUGUCCCCUCCCCUGGGCUGCACUGAGCCACGCCGCCACCACUCGGAGACAUAGAUCCGUGGAGGGGUAGGGGCACAUCUCCCCCGGCUUGGACGGAACCAUCCCCUUUGCCCUGACCCACAAACUCCGCUGAUGCUCUGCCCAUGCCCAGAUGUGGCUGCUGAGGACCCCACCAGGCAGACGUGGGUCCCCUCAGGCAAGGCCAGGCAGGGGCACCCACAGGCUGGCCCUCGCCCAAGGCCACUAGCCCCGCAGCCCCUUGCUGGACCCUCACCCUGAAGCUUCAGCCCUUACUGCUG